AUUGCAUAUAAAUCAAUUCAGCGUGUCUGCACGUGUGGUCCGAUGUUCGUACGGUUAUAGUAUUAUUGUAAGUGUUGAUUCGAGGUUUUCUUUUUCGAGUAUCCAAAUGGAUCAUUUAAAAGGCCACGUCGCCGUUUUAACGGGAGCCAGCGCCGGCAUUGGAGCUGCCACGGCAAUUAAACUAGUAAAGGCCGGUCUUAUCGUUGUGGGUAUUGCCAGGAGGCUUGAACGACUUCAGGUAGGUCAACAUAAUAACAUUCACAUCUGAUCGCUUUUAAGCAUGAUUUAAAAUCGUAAAUUAGAAUAUUUCAAUCGCUGUAAUAUAUCGUUAACCCAACACCAAAGUUUCUUGGUCUAAAAGACUGUUUUAGAAUUUUGGUUCAACAAUCAGAUAAAUUCGAAAAAUUAAAUCUUUUUCUUUUAUCGCUCGUGAACAAUUUCAAAUUUUUUUUUAUAUCUAGUUUGUUGCUCCAGUCGUUCAAAGUCUUCCAUCACUCAUUAAAAGUUGAAUCAAAAGACAUAAACAUUUGAUUACAAUAUACAAUACUUACCUAACUACAAUCAUUUAUAAUUAUUAUAGAAGAAAAAAGAUGUACAAUUUUAUUCAGAUUAGAUAGAAAGCCUAUUUAUUAUUUAGAUCUAAAAACAAAGUUUACAAUUCGUCAAAAUGUGGGGCUGUAUAUUGUUUUAGAUAUUGAAAAAAUCAAUGGAAGAAAACAAUUUCAUCGGUCGGUUUUAUCCAUUAGUGUGCGACGUAACAGACGAAAAUGACAUACUCAACGCUUUUAAAUGGAUUGAUGAAAAUAUCGGUGGUAUACACUUCAUGAUCAACAACGCCGGAAUUAUUAGAAUAUCUCCAAUUAUGAGUGAGAACACAUACAACAUACCUACCAUACAUAACCAUUUUUUUUAAAGGAAAAACAUUUGUAUCUUAAUACUAAAUAAUAAAACAAGCUAAAUUACUGCUGUCGAGUGUGCCACUGUUGUAGGUGGGAAGCUGAGAAGGUAGGUAGGUAUACAGAUUAAAUCAAUUUAUGCCUGUACGCAACGAUAAAUUAUUGCGUAUUAUAAAAUGACUUUGAGAGAAGUUACCUUUUAUGUAUUUUUAAAUGCCAUGAUUUUACGAUUUACGUUAAAUGUGAACUUAAAACCAUCAUAAAAUUCACUAAAUUACACUAAUCUUUAAUUUGAUUUUACCACGAAGUAUAAUUUGUAAUUAAAUUUUCGAUGAUUUUUUCUACUCCAAAAGUACUUAGAACAGUGGCUUACCUAUACAACGGCACGUCCACAUUUUUCUAUUUUUUAAUUAGAUAUUUAAUCGUGCGUGCAUUAUAUUUUAAUAUACAUGCAAAACCGAACUUUUUACGUGCAUCGAAGUUAAUUAAAAAAAUACAAUUAAAAUACGAGUAUAUUCCCCGUUCCGCUCGGAAUCUAAUAAUCCGAUUGUGUUUUACUCUGUCAAGUUUUAAACAAUUUUAUUUAAAUCAUUUUGUAUUUUGACCACGGUGUACAGGCGGUGCUACAGAUAAAUGGGAAGAAUUGAUCAAUUGUAAUGUAAUGGCGCCAACAAUUUGUUCGAGAGAAGCGUAUAAACUGAUGAAGAAAUAUAAAGUUAACCGCGGACACAUUAUCCAAAUCAACAGGUGGUUUAUUCCGAAUCCGUAGAUAAUUUAUUUCAAUAACAUUAAUAUGUAUUAUAGUAGCCACCGAACGUAUACAAUAUAACGUAUAUAAUUCAAUUUGGUUACAAUUGGUUUGAAUAGUGUUUUUUUUUUUUUUUUAAUGAUUUCAGCAUUACAGGUCACUCGUAUUCGGUUAAUCCCGGUAACAAAAUGUACAACGCGUCCAAACAGGCACUUAGAGUGUUAACAGAAGGACUUCGCCAUGAAUUGGCCGCAGCGGGGGAUUUUCACAUCAAAGCUACGGUGAGUAGAAUACAAUUCAAAUUUAAAUCAUAUCGUCCAAGUAUAUGAUUACCCAAUAUGGUUGCCCAAUUUAAAAUUAUAAAAUACGGGGGAAAAAUAAAAAUUAUUUAUGUCAAUCAUAUUAUGUGAAACUCGUAACAAAUUUUUCAUUAAGUACCUUGAGUUACACAACUGUAACUAAUAUAACUAUAGAAUGUGCUUAAAUAUGUCGGUGAAGGAUGAGCUUUUAUUUUAAUAUUGGUUUUCUAAAUCUCUUUGUUACCCAUAUUUUUGUAGGUGAACGACAACCUACUUUUGAUUUUCAAAUGUCAAACUAUACUAAAAAUUACAUAAAUAUCUGGAAUAUUAGAAUAGUUAAUUAUUACAGAAAAAACAUCUUCAUCUUUAAAAGACAUUUAUUAAUUUGAUAAAUUGAGCUACAGUCUUAAUAAUUAAUUUUUAGUUUAGUAUUUUAUUUUUUAGCAGUUAUUCAGAUAUUCAGAGUUUGUAGUUAAUAUGUAAUAAUAUAAUAUGUACAAUUAUUAUUGUAUACCUUUUUAUUGUUAUUAUUUAUUUCAUCAUUAUUAUAAUAUAUAUAUAUAUUUAUUUUUUUUUGGCGUUCAAAUAUCCCUCGCGUCUAUGUGUGGCGGCAUCCAUAUGGCGGCGUGGCGGCGUCUAGACGGCCGCGUCCAUUCGUCCUAGAUCCUUGUUGACAAGAAAUCUCAAUUUUAAAUUGUGGUAGGGGGAGAGUAGUGGAGCACUCGAGCAUCAUUUGUGUUUUAAGGGGGUCCCAGUCCGUCAUUAUCUGUAGGGUUAAUAAUUAGCCCACUAGCCUUAUAGGCAGGUAUAUCUCGGUCAUGUCAAUGUGUGCGAGUGUAAAUGAACAUUUGUGUAUGUGUGCUACACACCGCACGUAUCUCAACGUGCCGCCACGGCCUAUAACCAAAUUUGGAAUUUAUUUUGUGUGCUAUUUUAAAUUUUAACGAUAAUAUUUUGACAGAAACAAACAAUAAACUAUGUUAAUUAUAGUGUACGCGCGUGCAACGAACACUACUAUAAUUGUAAUAUAAUAUUAUUUGGCACUAUUUAUAAAUGUAUAAUGAACACACGAUAAACCCAAUCAUCGUCAGUGUUUUUUUUUAUAUUUUAUUACAACGAUUUAGUACGUCAACUACUAUUUAAUAUUAUUUAUUUUUUUUUACCACAAAGUACAACUUAUAAUGGACUACUUAUUAAAUUUCCAAGUAUUUCUGUUUGGUCUAUUCGCAUAGUACUUAUACCACAUAAAACCUAAAAAAAAACGACGUCCCUAAAUCCAUUACUAUUUUCCCUACCCAAACUUAAUAGUAGAAUAUAUCUUAAAGGGUUAACGGAAGUCAUAAAUGUCAACUCCUAAUAUUCCAUCUAUUCAUGGAAUUAUUAAUAAAAGCUGUCAUUUGAAAAUCAAAAGUAGGUAUUCAUUUUACCACUGAAAAUAAUACUAUUAUAACAUUUUAGAACGACUUGUUUCUCAAAAUUGUCAAAAACCAUCUUAAUUUAUUUUUUCUCAUUUUAUCUACUAUAUCGAAGACACGUAUAAGCUACUUCUUAUGUACUCAUCCUCAUCCUUUAUCCUAUCUUCUCUCGUCACUUCACUCAUCCACCUAAACAUUUUCAUCUCUGCUAAACUCAUUCUUUGUUCUAUUAUUCUGUCUUUCCCCCAACACUCCGAACGUACAACACUACAACAUAGUCAGUCUGAUCACAUUUUUGUUGAACUUAACUUUAAGUCUUAUUGUAAUUCUCUUGACAAAUAAAACACCUGAUGUUUAUCUCCAUUUUAUCUUGAUCUUAUGUUUCACAUCCUCAUCAAAGACUCCAUUAUUUUGAAAAAAUAGUAUAAUAAUCAAAAUAGAUAUCCACCGAGUGAAUCCCAGACCCAACGCUGGUCUUUUAUUGAAGAUUCCGAAAAUUUAAUUUUUAGACAUCUAACUAGAUAUUCGAAAAAUGGGUAAUUAUAUUGAAACUACAUCAAUAACGACUCGUGAAUCAAAGACAUAUUAUGGGGUGUUUGAUAAGAGACUUUUCGAAAAAGUCUUCGGCGAAGACUGGAGUUCGGCCGGUGGUUAACGGAAAAACCAACGUUGGGUGGGUUCAUUACUUUUCGGUUUUUCGAGAUAUCUUUCUAGUUUAUACUUAUUAUAUUCUGUCAUUUUAGGUUUGUAGAAUAUAAUACUAAACAAUUGUAAAUUGUAUUUAGAUAUAAUUAUUAUAAUUAAAAAAAUAAAAUCACGAAUAAAAUGGUUUCUGAAAUUAGAUUUAAUUAUUGGGCACAUACUUCGGAAAACUAUUCCUCAGUUAGGUUCCAGAUUGGAUAUGGAUCUAGAUGUCUAGGCUGGUUUCUUCGUAUUACUAUCUAACAGUAUUGUAGUUUUCUUGUGUUGUGUAAUUAUUAUUAUUUUAAAUUUUGUAAUUUUUUAGUACACACUUAUUUGGUUAAUCGCGUUGGUACUUGGUUAUUUUAUGACUUUGAUAUUAUUAUUGAGUAUAAUAUGAUAAUAGUUCAUUAAUUAAAUUAUUAUGGUUAAUUUUUUGGUUUUUGAUGUUUGUUGCACUCACAGCAAUAUUCUUACAGCCAAUUCUUAGUUUUUUGUUGACGUAUGUCUGUCUGAUUAAAACACGGUGUGACACGAACAAAAUGUUACCCCUCAACAACGGUAACUAAACGUGCUUGACUGUGUAGGUUACGUGUAUAUUUGAGGAACACAGGAACACAACGUUACGCCUUUGUUAGUGUCUUAUUUAGUCAUCUCCUUUGGUCUUUCAAAAUAAUAAUUAUUAACCCUUACGAUGAACAAAAUCCGUUUUUAACCCUUCAUUUUGAUGCACGCAGAGCAUUAGUCCAGGUUUCGUGGAUACGGAGAUAUUUGACGCCGCCAAAUUGACGCACGCCAAGUUGAGAGCUUCGGACAUUUUGAGCUCGGAAGAAAUGGCUGACAUGAUCGCCUUCGUCAUGUCAACUGGACCAAACAUUUUGGUAAUUAAAUAGCUGUAGAAUUUUUACAAAUCGAAUCUGAGAACAGCACAGUUCACAGUUUAUAACAAUUGUACCGAUCAAACAUUAAAAUAAUAGUAUUUUAUUUUUUAGAUUGCUGAAAUGAUCGUUCUCAGCCAAGGUCGUACUAUCCAAUCGUAUCCACGCGCAUAAUACCUAAUAUACUAUGGGUAUAUAGACUUACAGUGCUUAUUUAAAAAUUAAAUUUAAAUCAAUAGGUACAUCACGUGAUUUUAAAGUUUAGACAUAUUUUUUUUCAACACCUAUUGAAGUUAUUUAUAAUAAUAUAAUGUACG